AUGUCCGUUAAAUUACCAUUUGAAAUCUUAGGCAUUAUAUCUAGCUACGUUUCAAGACGAGACAUGAUACGUUGCUUGACGGUCUGUAAAUCAUGGAGAGCUCCAUUUGAAGAUGCCUUGUGGGAAACAAUAGAGAUUGAUGGCUAUGGAAAGAUGGUCGCCAUCUGCAGCAAUCUUACUACUCUUUCAACUGUGUAUCAAAAGAAUGGUCAUCGAGUACGAACUUUGACAUUGUGUGGGCACAUGUGGAUAGUAAACGAAGAACUCUGCAUAAUUCAACAAUAUUUUCACAAAUUAAAGCACUUAAACAUACGCCCAAGUGCACUCAGCUGGUAUGAUUUUGGAAAGCUAGCGAAUUGGGACUCCUGGAAGUCCUUGACACGUCUAGAAAUUCACAUGACAGAGCUUACCGGGGGUGACAAAGAAGAGGAAAUUAUCGAAAUGUUAGCUUCCCUUCCUAAUCUUAGGCAUUUAUACCUUGACGACGAUCUCCCCCUCAAGAAAGAACAUUUCACGUGGAGGGCGAUAGAGAAAAUUCAUCUCUAUUUGCCAUUACUAGAAUAUUUCGAGAUGGGAUCGCCACUUGUUGCUAUAUCCCAGCACGAUUUGCCAGAUAUUAAAUAUAUUACUCCAGCCAGCAAUCUGGCUAUAGUGAAGAUCAACUAUGGAGUGAUGGAUCUAGGAUGGCUAUAUUACUGUGCUAUAAAAUACCCCAGUAUUCAUACAUUUGGAUGGAAGAUAAAAGAGGAUAACAAGAGACCAUUGUAUCUGGAAACAACUGAUGAUGAGCCAUCCGAUGAAGAAAGCCAGCAAAUUGAAAGUUUACCAGUACGAUUAGCGAGAUCAGGUGUCGAACAAAAGAAAGCAAUCUCAAUGUUCUCUAAACUUGCUUACUUUUUUCCGCACUUAAAAAUUGUCGAAUUGAACGAUAAACCCAAUUCUGAAUGGCAGCAUACCGUAUUUUGGAAACUUAUCCGCCAGUUCCGCGUGCCACUCAAAUGCGUUGACUACGAUUUUUACAACACUGAUAUUGACACAGAAAGCUCCGGAAAGAUUAUGAAUGAACACAUACUCGCAUGUUCUAAUUCUCUUGAAGCCCUUCGAUUAAGAGCAGAAGUUACAGCUCUGUCUUCUGUUUUGGGAACAUGUGCCGACCCGAUGUAUCCUAGCGUGUACUCAUGUUUGGUAGAUCUUCACAUCUCAUUAGUGAGCAAGGAAAUCGAAUUGGAUAUUCUUUUGAAUCACUGUCCCGUAUUAAGGUGGUUGCAUCUUUCCGCUCGCCCGAUUAUCCUAAGUGCUGGCUCACUGGUCAAUCCGGCUACUCAUGGCUUGAAAAGGAUAAAGAUUGAAGACGCAAAGGUUGACUGGAGAAUUUUCAGCUAUAUCUCGCUCCGUUGCAAAUAUUUAAGCCAUAUGAGUUUAUUCGAUGUAGCUGUAUGUGGACCGAUAUCUCAAGAAACGGGAAACCUGUGCCUUGAUAUGUCUCAUACACACUUUAAAGAUCUGAAGUUGGUGAAUGUAGAUUUUUACUCGUUAGAGGAUAUGUACACUGAAGAAUAUCAAUGUGCUGAUGAACUCAUCAACUUUAUAUCUUUUGAACAAACCGAAUCUGCUCACUCCAAAGUAUUCGAUACCCAAGGCCCUUUGAAUACUCCAAGUGAAAAUCAUACUCAGUCGACAUGGUUUCAUCUUUGUUUGAGUAGUAUAAACAAGACACACCAGGAAUUACGGAAGCUUGAGCAACAUCAAAUCGAGCUUGCCCAAAAAUACUUUCAGUCAUUUCACAACAAAGAUCAUAAUCUAUCUACAGAAGACGCACAAUAUAAAAUUUCUGGACCAGUGGAUAAAAACGGUUGGGCAAAGGAUCUUUCUCAUGGAUAUGUUACUCUACGUUGUGCGUACUCACUUAAUCACCUUAUUAGUGCGUAUUAUCAGCAAUAA